AUAUUAUAUUACACCAUGGAGAAAGUGGUGGCGGUGUCAGUAUACGGCGAUAUCGCAAUAUGUAAUAUGAUGAUAAUAUAUUUAUCGCGUGCGCGUCAUCGGGCGUGGUUGGCUGCCAGCAGCGGUAGUCUGGAGGCAGGGUCUGAUGGAUGCGGAGUGACAGAUCAGGGUUAGCCGCCAGGGGAGUCCAUUUUCCUCCACAUUCCUUCCCGAGACGCCCAGCUCACCUCGGUGCUCCACGGAGCGGACAGGGAGAGCCAACCAGAGCCGCGCCUCUCUUCUCUCUCUUCUCUCAGUUCGCAGCUGUGUAACAAACACACAGCAGGACACAGCAGCAGCGCCGGACAGUCUGUGAGUCUCAACCAGACCCAACCACAGCCAGUGCAGCCUGUUCGGCUCAAAAAGGAAAGUCCGGUGAUCUGCUGUUUAUGGAGAUGAGAUGCAUGUGACCAUGUUGUCGCUGUAAAAUGAGUUUGCUAGCGGCAUGUGGUUCCAUGGGGACCUUGCAGGGAUAUCUCGUUCGGUAAGGCAUGGCACUUUCUACUUGACAAAAUAUAUCUCACAGGAGGAGGUGGCGGCUGGCGUGCACAGAACAACAGCACGGCGGAGACCAAACACAGUGCGCUGAAUUUGGAUAUGAGCUAAAAGUUUGCAAACGCUAUAAAAUGUUUGGGAUAUACGUUGAGGGUUUAAGUUUAGUGUAAUUUUUGUUAUUAUGGAUGUAGACUGAACGGGAGUUUAUUCUCUUCACUGAGAUAAGGAUGGCUUUCUGAGGAGGAUAUCUCUGCCUGCGCUAUGAUCUGGACCAUGCGGACUCUGGUGCUGAGGACACUGUGUGUGUUGUUGGGGAAUGCACAUGUCUUAUCUCUCAGAAAUAAUGGCGACAUACGAACUAGAGAAACAGCAGGGGGUUAUUAUGGGCUUAACGCUACAACAACACACAGGACCGCUCACACAGCCAUCAGAGAGGGUCCCCAAAACACAGUCUAUGACAGCACUCGCUCUGGGGGACACGGUACAGGUACGUCCUACUCCAAACAUACUCUUCAAACAUGGAUGGAACAUUUUCAUUCUACUUCUGUGAGAAAGAUGCGCGUAAUUGUGGAUGAAACAAAGCAUAAACGUGUAGGAUUAAAACAACACCACUCCAACAGAACACUGACACUGGGGGAUUACUCCGCGACCCCGCACAGGGACCUGGUGCGCCGCCACAAGAGGAGAAAGUUGAAUAGUGAGAUUGGCGCGGCCGCUGCCAUGGGGAUGGCGGGUGGAUACAAUACCACUAAGCCCCCAGCAAUGGGCCAGCAACGCGGGGGACAACUGGACAGCGACAGACGCAAGAGAGGUACAAAAGACGAGCAGAAGAAGGCGUUUAAGAGGGAGAGGAGGAGAAAAGUGUUGAACAAAAGCUCAAUGGCUUUAUCUCAGGCGCAGAGCGCAGUGGACGGGCUGGGCCCCCCUCUCUCUCCAUGGGAGCCAAUUCCCAAGCCCCUAGCUCUCACCUCUACCGACCUACCCCUCGACCUCUUCACCAGGAGAAACGAGAUGUUUACUUACCGCGAGGAAAACCCGUGGGAUGCCACUCCAAUGACCCCUCCCAACACAGCAGAUUUUGGAAGCGAAAUCAAAAACCCAUUUUACCCUGUGACAAGUGAAACCUUUGGCGCUUAUGCUAUCACGGGCGUUUCUGCCAUCAUUUUCCUCGCUGGGAUAGCAGGGAACAUAGCCAUACUGUGCAUCGUGUGUCAGAACUACUAUAUGAAGAGCAUCUCCAACUCACUCAUAGCUAACCUGGCCAUCUGGGAUUUUGUAGUCGUCUUCUUUUGUCUGCCCCUCGUCAUUUUCCAUGAAUUGACUAAAUCCUGGCUGCUGGGAGAAUUCACCUGUAAAAUCGUGCCGUAUCUGGAGGUGGCAUCUCUAGGUGUGACCACGUUCACCCUGUGCGCUCUGUGCAUUGACCGGUUCCGCGCAGCCACCAAUGUCCAGAUGUAUUACGAGAUGAUCGAGAACUGCACCUCCACUACAGCCAAGCUCGCCGUCAUCUGGAUCGGAGCUCUCCUAUUGGCUCUCCCUGAGCUCCUGAUCCGCCAGCUGGUCACCGAGGACCCCGCCCUCCCAGAUGACCCCCCAACGGAGCGCUGCGUGGUGCGCAUCUCGACAUCGCUCCCAGAUACGCUCUACAUCCUGGGUCUAACCUACGAGGGCGCGCGGCUCUGGUGGUGCUUCGGCUGUUACUUCUGCCUCCCUACGCUCUUCACCAUCGGCUGUUCCCUCGUCACCGCCCGCAAGAUCCGCCGCGCCGAGCAGGCCUCCGUCCGCGGCAACAAGAAGCAGAUACGCCUAGAAAGUCAGAUGAACUGCACCGUCGUGGCGCUCGCCAUCGUCUACGGCGCCUGUGUGGUCCCGGAGAACAUCUGUAACAUCGUAUCGGCAUACAUGGCGGCGGGCGUGCCGGAGCGGACCAUGGCGGUCUUACACCUCCUGUCACAGCUUUUGUUGUUCUGCCGGGCGGCAGUGACGCCUGUGUUGCUCCUGUUAUUAUGUCGCCCGCUAGGCAGGGCCUUCCUGGACUGUUGUUGUUGCUGCUGCUGUAACCAUGCCCACUCCUCAGGCACGGCUAGUGAUGAUAAUGAACAUGAGUGUACCACAGAGCUGGAGCUGUCGCCCUUCAGCACCAUACGCAGAGAGCUCAGCAACUACACUCCCGCAGGGUCCAACUGUUAAAACCACACAACUACUGUUAAAGGUCCAGUGCAGUCAAAAACGUGAUUUCCCUAUGUUUUAUAUUCAGUGUAUAUUUCCACACUAUGAGGUUGGAAUAAUAUUGUGAAAAUGAUGAUAAUGCCCCUUUAGUAUCAGAGCCUUUUGAAAAGACCGCCUGAAAUUCAGCCUGUUUUGGUGGGAAGGAGUUUUGGCCAGGCAGUAAAUGAGUUAGACCAAUAAGAAAGAGAGUUACAAACAGAUCUGCCAAAAACAGCUAGUUUUCAGUUUUCCCCUCCCCACUCAGACCAUUUCCAGACAAUUUGAGCUAAAUUCCAGCUUGAGAAAUUGUUAUUUGCUAAGAAGCUGUUUUUUUAUUUUCUGACCAUUUUAAUUGAAAACAAUCACAGUAAGUUACUUAAUUGCUACCCAGAAAUGAUUUGAUGUUGAGAUAAAAACAGCUGCAUUGGAACUUUAAUGACUACACAGCUACACACCGGCAGGACUAUACAAACAUACUAGCACACAGAACUGUACAACUUCAAACCUGCAGAGUCAAACUGCUAAGACUGCAAACCUUUACAACUAUAGAACUAUACAACAUUUCACAAGCAGGAUCAAACUGCUUAGAUGACAUACCUGUACACCAAUGGAACAAAACCACAGUAGGCUACUACACAAUUAGCUACACGACUGACAAACUGGGUGCUAGGGCCACACAACUACUGUACAGUAUACUAUUACACAACUACUGUAUAUAACUACACACAAACAGGGAAAAAGUGCCAGGACUACACACUAUACAUCCGCAGGGAGCAAGUAACAUCUAAACAGCCAUACUGCCGAGACAACUGCACAACAAUUCAACUUCACUACAACUCCAAUACACAUACUGUGCUCCAACCCAGUACACAAACCCAGUGGUCUGAACUGGGACCAGACAUGAAUGGACAAAGCCAGACACUCGACACCAGACUAUACUGGACUGUGUUGAGCUGAAAGGGACUCAGUGGAGUGGACUAGGCGUGGCUGGGCUGGACUUGGCUGGGCUGGAGUGGACUCCGAAUACUUGACUGGAGUGGACUGGGCUGGACCGGACAUACUCACGUCACCCCUCACUCAAACUCUGCACUCACGAUUCAGUUCACACACUCCUUACUCACACACUGGACUGUACAUACUGUAUACUACACACUCUAUCACUCUAGUGAAGGAAAGAUAUAUAGAGAAGGAAAGCAGGAAGGAUAUGGAGGAGGAAUAUAAGGAUAUUACAAGCAUAUUGUAAUUGUUUUCUUUUAAUGCGCAUUAAUAUUACUGUAAUCGUCGUAGUUGAUUUCUGCAUACAACUCUGCACUGCCAAACACCCUUCCUUGCUUUCAUACUCUGUCGUGCCCUUCUGUUAGUGUCAGUCAGGGCCUCUGUCUCCGUGUCGUUUCUGACAGUAACUUAUUCUAAAUGGCCAAGUGUACAGUGUUGUGAUUCAAACUCUUGAUGAAGUCAGUGAUUCUUGUAAACCGUUUUAUUGAACUUUGUGAGUAUCUUGUUCACUCUGUCUGUAUUUGAUACUAGAAGAUGUAAGCACACACAGUCAUCAGUCUGGUUUCUGGUUUCUAAAUAGCUUUUAUAUAGCCAACAAAAACUGUCCCUUUGAUUAAAAAAAAAAAGAACUUGAUCUUGACUGUAGAA